AUGUGUUUUGCCAAGAAGCUCAACAAGAAGGGCCUGAAAGAGAUGCAAGCUGACACUGCCAAGGCCAUGAGUACAUGUGCCAAGGCCAUCGGGGCCCUCAUCAAGCCCAACGAGAUCAACGCAAGGUCCCAAAAUGUGGUGCCACAAGCUCGAUUGACUUGCCGAUGUCAUUCACCCCAAGCUCAGGAAAGGUGUUCAUGCUCAUCUCGCCAAGGGUCUCAGGCUCUGUUGGCCAAAGGCCAAGGCUCAAAACAAAGCCAAGGUUUAGUUGUGGCUCCAGCUCAGGCUCCCAAAGAUGUCUACGGCCCCAGGAAGGCUGCAGUGUAG